AUGGAGGCGUCUCCAGUAAAAUUGCGUAGCAACCGAGCCGCUGAAUCAACCAAGCUGACAUUGAAUGAGUCUCCAUACUGGGAGUACAUUCUCCGCGAGUUUGUGUUCAAGACAAUAUCGUCAUUACCCCAAUCCAACAAUGUUCUAUACAAGAAGUUGCUGGAAGCUCCAUUUUACGGUGGCCCGCUCUUGACAUUAUCUAAUGAAGACAAUACGUUAUUGUCCCGAGGAGACGUUUAUCAUCUUCCGAACGGGCAAUGGAUCCUGUGCCAGGAAGGCUGCGAAAACUGUAAACUCUGUUCAAACCAAAAAGACUCUCUCGUGAAGUGGGAACUGAAAAAAGUUAAACCUAAUACAUCAUCCGAUCUGUAUAAAUACGAUCUUCAAUUAACAGUGAUACCACAAAGAGGAAGCACUGCUCUCUCGAACUUCGGGAUUGAGAACAUUUACAUUCCUUAUGGAAUAAAAUCGUCUACUGAAUCAUCGAAAUCGGAUUCGCUUGUUACAGAACAUUCACAUAUUGACCGAACCAGAUUCAGUCGGUCUUGGCGUCGAAUGCAGAGAGAUCAAAUUGGACAGCUUGAUAAAGAUAGUACAAAUAUCAAUCAAACGGAAGAACUAUUAUCACUCGAUAAUUCAACAACAGACUCCCAAUUGAUACCACGUGACGAUAUAGGUGAUUCACAUGACACUUCGCCUGCACAUCGAUUAAUUCUCGGAGCUGACCAGUUGGGCAACAAGCAUGUCAUCCAUAUUUUGUCUCUUAAUUCAUCCUCAUCGGAAAAGUUAAAUUUUUACAACGAUGUUGAUUAUCAGCUUAUGAACAAUGCCGAGAAAUUGAGUAAGUUGUAUUCGGAUGUUCGGAAAUUGUCGCCGUACCAACGGUACCUCGAGAAAAUAUUGGAUUCUAUUCACAACCAUCGUCCUUUUGUUGAAACAUUUUUAUCUUAUGAUCAAUUGAACCAAAAUAAACGUGAUAAGUGA